AUGUCUUCCUGCAAGACACCAGACUGGGUAGCCAGCUGUGAAGUCUGCCAGGCAAUUUGGCAAAGACUAACUAGCGACGACAAAUUCGAGCACACGAUCAGUUUGGGGUCCUUCGAAGAAGCGCUAACCACAAAAUGUCAGAAUCACAAACCCCUCAUUGAAGCUUUUUGGGAGUACACCAAGAAUGGAGAGGAGGGAAACGAUAAGUCUAGAGAAGUGAGGGUUGAGUUUGACUCACGUGGGGGUGUUGUUCGUCUUGAUGAGACUGUUGACUAUGGCGGUUAUCUUUGGAGUCUUGCGCUUGUUGAUAAAGGUUCUGGAUACGGUACUGGUCGCGUCCUGGACCCUGAGUGGGCGGACUUAAGUGUGAUUGAGAAGUGGAAAGAUGAGUGUCUCUCAUCACAUGGGGAUUUGUGCAGUAAUCCUCUUAGAAUAUGGAGGGCAAGGCCUGCCUGGUUGAUCGAUGUUGAGAGCAGGUGCCUUGUUCCGGGGACUGUCGAGGGUGACUAUGUAGCGCUGAGCUAUACAUAUGGUGGUUACGUUGGCCGUUUGAUCGAUGAUAGUGUGCUCGAAAUGCUCCAAGUGCCACAAGCGCUGGAAACUCCAGCCCUAUCGGAGUAUGUCUCACCAAUCAUACGAAACGCCAUGCACUUAACUACCGUCAUCGGUGAGAGAUACCUUUGGGUUGAUGCACUAUGCAUUACCCAUGGAGACAACGACUCAACGACUAAGGAGUUAUCACUCAUGGGCGCCAUCUACGCCAACGCAAUACUCACAGUCGUAGCAGCAGACGGUGAUUCUAAGACUGGUCUAGCAGGCAUCAAGGGAAUAUCAGCACCACGAGAGCUCAAACAGAUUCUAGUCCCCUUCGGAGACCAUCAACUUCUACACAAGGACAACAUUGGGUUCCAAGCAGAAAUCUGGCUGCCAUACUACGAACGAGGUUGGAUCUAUCAAGAGCUGAGACUCUCGCCUCGCAAGCUUGCCUUUCAUGAUGGACAGCUCCAUUGGCAGUGCCAACAUAGUGUGUGGCAUGAGGAGGCUGCGUCGAGAGUUCGAGUUGAGAAGGACCCUUUCACAACCGCGACGAUAGACAGCGGGUUAAAAAUCCUACUAGACGGUUUCUUUGAUUAUUCUUCUUUCAGUCUUCUUGUGUCGCGGUACAACGAUCUAGAACUUCGCUACGGCGAAGACGCCCUACCUGCAAUAUCAGGAUUUCUGUCUGUGCUGAGUCGGCGCUUCCAAGGUGGUUUCUUGUACGGGAUACCAGAAAUGAUUUUUGAGCGCGGUCUUGGUUGGAAGCCGUUUAUCCAAAGCAUAGAUUUGGCAAGACGAGUUCGCUCAUCAAGGCCUCAAAGUAUGCAACUGAAACCGUCUGGCCUCCCGUCUUGGUCAUGGAUUGGAUGGAUGGGGAGUAUAGAGCCGGUUGGGCCUGAAGCCACGCUGAUGAUGCCAUGGGAAGAAGGCGAAGGCAUUGAAGAGACCACGCCCAUUACUGAAUGGUACACAAGCCAGUCCCCAACCGAUCCGCGAUCUAAAUGGCGAAGAAUAAGGUCUACAUGGUACGAGAAUCGGGAUAUCUAUAAGGACUUUACGAGGCCAUUACCACCAGGAUGGACGCGUCACGAUGCUCCAGAAAAGUCACCCUGGGAUGAUGGACCUCACUUGUUCCCUGACGGAUGCGACAAAUUUAUCUUCAAGCACAAGGAUAUGCCUGAGAUGGGCUACGAACCAGUACAAGGAUGGUUCUAUCCAUUCCCUCUCACUCCGGUAGACGAAACAACAGUACCCGAUAUGCCUGAGCAAACAGAAUACCUCUUCUGCAAGACGCAUAAAGCUCAACUCUGGGGCUGUCAAAAGGAAGCCGAAUGGAAGGACGCGCGACUUUACAAUAGCCAAAGACAAGAAGUUGGGUUUCUGAAUUUAUUCAAUGAAGACUUCUUUGCUCGCUUCCCCAAAACGCUGUCUGAGGAAAAGAAAGGGUUACCUGUUGACUUGGUAGCUGUGUGUAAAAUCAGGACGUACUGCAGGACACAGGAUGGAGUGACCAAGAUUUGGAGUGCGAGGCAGACGAAGGAUACCUAUUUGGUUCUAUGGGUAGAAUGGAAAGAUGGGAUUGCGUAUCGGCUUGCUAGUGGACAAGUCGAGGUUGAGAAGUGGGAUGAGUUGGACUUGGAGAGUAUCGAUUUGGUCCUUGGAUAG